AUGCUUGUAAAUAAUGAUGUCGGGGUGAAAGACGAUGAUGCCGGGAAGGAAGAUGGUGGGGAAGAUUGCAAUGCUCCACCUACCCAGUCUACAAUAAACCUUGAUGAAUCAACUUUGGAAAAUAAUAAAGGCAGUAUGUACCAAUCAUUUUCAGAAGCUGAAACCGACAACGAAAUGACACAAAAUCCGAAAGAUUCUACAGUUCAAGAGCUAAAUGCUGAGCUAAAUGAACUUUCUCAACAAUCAGUCUUCGAACCAAAGAUCAGCGAAUUUGAGGACGAAGUAAAAAUUAAAUUGGCAAGCUUAAGAACAGACUUUGGACUUCCUCCAAACAGCAAUCUGUGGCAAACAAUGACUGCUGUUGAAGCCCAACGACUAACAGCAGAAAAUGCUAAUCUGAAACAAAAGCUGUGUCUGGCUGAACAACAAAACCAAGCCCAGUCACAAGAAAUACUGAUUUUAAAAGAAGAAAAAGCGAGUCUCUUAACAUCACUUAGGCUCUGCUGUGGCGAUAACGCUUUGAAAGUCGAAACCAAAACUGACAAAGUAAAGGCGAAAAGCAAAACGAGCAAGAAGCAAAACGAGUUUCGUGGUUAAAUCAUUUUCGGGCGCGAAGGUUGAUGACAUGUACAAUUAUGUGAAGCCCACGAUGCAAAAUGCUCCUGCUGAGAUAGCAAUCCACUGUGGAACAAAUGACCUCAGAAUCAAAGAGCCCAAAGCCAUCGCCGAGAGUUUGAUAAAGUUGGCUAAAGUCGUCCAAAUGGAGUCAACUAAGGUUUCUAUCUCAGAACUCAUAACAAGAGCCGACGCCGACCUAAAAGCCAAAGCUAAAGCCACCAACAAGCCUUGA